AUGGAGCGCAAAGAACACGAGCCGUUGCGUGAUCAUGGCGUAGAUAAUUGUGUUCAGAUGAGGUGGGCGGGCGAAAAGAGUAGCUCGGAUCCUACUGGGUUGAUCCAGCGGAGCAUGCUUUCAGGUGGUGGAAUCGUAUAUGUUGCCUUGUACUACCGGCUGGGCGCAUUUGGCUGGCUUGGUGGUGACAGUAUCACAUCCAAUGGCACUGCCAAUGCAGCACUACACGAUCAGCUCUUCGCCCUUGACUGGGCCAUCGUGCAGAGCCCCGGCUGGGUACCAGUCAUCAGCGAGGAGCAGCAAGAGAGUACGCUUCAGCAGUUCCUAGGGAUCUUGAACGUCAGCACGAUCGAAGAAGCCCACAAGCUACCGUCAGCUAGGUUGAUUGCCGCCAAUGCUUACCAAGUAUCAACCAAACCCGAGUGGGGACAGUUCACAUACGGCCCUACUGUAGACGGGACAUUUGUUCCUGCUUUGCCAGGCCAGCUCUUGCUCGGCGGUGACUUCGACCACAAUCUCAACAUCAUGGUUGGUCACAACGCCGAUGAAGGACUCAUAUUUACCUCCCCGGAUAGCCUGAACGGUAGCAGCCUGAUAUCUCAGUUUGCGAGACUAUCGCCGAACACCCCGAAGAAUGUAUCAGAAUUCAUCACGGACGUUCUCUACCCAGCGGUGUAUAACGGCUCCUACGGGUAUACCGACUCGGUGCAGCGCACCGCACUGGCUAUCUCGGAUCUCAUCUUCCAAUGUAACACCGACUACAUCAACCCGGGCGUUCUUCAAUCAGACGUAUUCGUAUGA